AUGGCGUCCAAGCAGCCUCCUGGAGCAGAGACUACCGCUGACAUUCGGUCCAAAAGAAGUCUCAAAAUGCCACCAGAUGAAAGAAAAGGCAAUGCGACUCCAGAGCAAAUCAUCACAACUGACAAUCAAAACAACCUCAGUUCAAGUCGGAACAAUAGCACAAACGCAUCAAAACCCACUGUGGUUGAAGUAUCAGGUAGUCCUUGUUCAAGUCGGACUAAUGCCGUUGACAACAGCACCAUGAAUGCUUCAAAACCCACCAUGGUUCCAGUAUCAGGUAGCCCUAGAGAUAUCAUCUGUGGACGUGGUCUGCACAUCAUGAAUCACCAUGGAAAUCACAAUCUUCACCUUAUCGUUGACAGGUAUCGUCAAGCCUACCUGACUUCGACUCGUAAAGACAAGGCUGACAUCACUAGAAGCAUCGUUCAACAUUUGAAGAGUACAGGAGCAAGGUUUCUUCGACGGUUCAACCACGACGGAGAUGACAAGUGGGUGGAAGUUGAUGAAAGGACCGCGUACAAGAAGGUCGGCCAUGCCUUGCGUCUGAGAAAGAAAGAUCAUGGACAGAACUUCUUGAAAUCUGUCGUUCACAGACAACAGCUGCACAGCCAACACUCUCUGCCGUUGCACUCGGCGUCUCAUGGGGAAACAAGUAUCUCACACCAAAUGGCUGCCAUGUCAGGCGGUUCACAGAAGCCAAUGAAUCCUCCGUCGAGAUUGCCCCCUUCGUCCUCCCUUGAUAUGCAUUUACCUUUGGGGCCACCUGCAAAUCAACUUCAAGUCAUGACGACACAAUCAGCAUCAGCGCCAGCUCUCGGGCCACAACCUCACCCAAUGUUACACUCGUCUGUCAUUGGUGGAUAUGGUAAUGUAGUGAUUGAUCCUCGAUUGUUUUCGCAAGUAUUUGCAACCACACUUUCCCUUAUGACACAACAUCAACAACGAGCAUCCAUACACGGAAGCUCUGCUGAUUCACGCAGAUCCGACGUAACUCCCAGAGAUGAAAGAAAGUAA